UUAGCGUCUUCUUCCUCUGUGAAGGAAAACGUGAUGGUGGGCUUUGGGGAAGUGUUUCGUGAAGUUUUGGAUAAGCUCACUGGAUAUCAACGCAGCCGCGAAAUCAUCCCUAUCACGGGGAUGGGUGGAAUUGUUUAUGCAGCCGAGGAUGUUAUAGAAUCCCAUAUUGUGGAUCAAAUUGACAGACAGCCCACAGUCGUCAAAGAUCACGACUUCUACCAAAAUCUACAGAAGGUGAUAGAAGAAAUGAAUCUGAUCACGAAAGAGGUGAAGGAGAUUAUAGUCGAAGCUCGGUUUCAGCAAAAGCCCAUUGUUACCAUGACGUCCACUUCCACUGUGAAGGACGACGUGAUGGUCGGGUUUGAUGAAGUGUUUCUUGAAGUCUUGCAUAAGCUGACCGGAGACCAACUCAGCCGCCAAAUAAUCCCAAUUAUGGGGAUGGGCGGAAUUGGUAAGACCACUCUUGCCAGAAAUCUAUUUACUAAUGCAGCUGUUAAGGAGCAUUUUGAUAUACGUGCUUGGACUACAAUUUCUCAAACUUAUAAUGUUAUAGAAACACUUAGAGAAGUUUAUAUUCAAGCAAUUGGGCACUCAUGUGAUCGGAAUGAGAAUGAAAAACUCGGUGAUCUAAGUGAAAUUCAAUUGAGAGAAAAGUUAUACAAGUUUUUAUGUGGUAAGAGGUAUCUUGUAAUAAUGGAUGAUAUGUGGAGUGUCGAGGCGUGGGAGAAGAUAAGAUUUUUCUUUCCAAGCCAAAAAUGUGGGAGUCGAAUAAUCAUAACAACUAGGCUAUCAAGCUUGAGCUCUCAGUUGAACGAAUCUUAUAGAGUUGAUAUCGAAUUUCUAGAUGAAGCUAGUAGUUGGGAUUUGUUUUGUAAGACCGUGUUUGAAAAAGAAAGUUGUCCUCUUGAGUUAGAGAAUAUUGGGAAGGCUAUUGUAGUAAAGUGUAAAGGACUUCCUUUAUCAAUUAUUACAAUAGGAGGACUUUUGGCAAAGUCUGACCGCACAAGAGAAUAUUGGGAGUUUAUAGAGCAAGAUUUAAAUUCUGUUAUUAAAAGUAAUGAUGAAUCUUGCAUGAAAAUAUUGUGGAUGAGCUAUAUCUAUCUGCCAAAUUAUUUGAAGCCGUGCUUUUUAUAUAUGGCUAAUUUUGAGGAAGAUCGUAGUAUUCGCGUGUCAAUGCUCAAAAAGCUAUGGAUUUCUGAAGGAUUUUUAAAACCAAGGAGUGGGAAAAGUUUGGAAAUAAUUGCGCAAGAAUACUUUAAGGAGUUGGUUGAUAGGAAUCUCAUUUUAGUUGAUAGGUUGGGGUCUACUGGAAAUGUUAAGCACUGUAAAAUUCAUGAUUUGUACCGAAAUUUGUGCCUGGAAGAAGUCGAAAAGGAAAGGUUUUAUCAUGUUAUAAGAAACGAUCCUCCACGCUUAAAUAGCAGAAGUCGGGUUGCUCUUAAGACUUCAGUGGUGUUAAUAAGCGAACUCUUAGAAUCCUUGUCGCAUGCUCGUUCCUUAUUACGUGAUGAGCUUCAAAUCCCACACCAUCUUAGAUUGUUGAGGACAUUCAAAGCAUAUGAUGAAGAUACUACGAGUGGUGCUUAUUUCCUCGACAACGUGUUUGAAUUGGUGAACUCGCGAUACCUAGCUGUCAGAGUUCAUAAAGAGUCUAAAUUCCCUACUUCGAUUGAUCUACUAUGGAAUCUUCACACAUUGAUUAUUCAUUGUUGGCGUUACCUUAUUGCACCAAUCGAAAUUUGGAAAUUGCAUCAACUUCGACAUCUCGAGUUUCAUGAGAAAGGAUUGAUUCUCCCUGAUCAUCCUAGUGGUGGCAAUGGCAUUGUUAUCAUGGAGAAUUUGCACACACUCAAAGGAGUUCUGAAUUUGUUUUUGAAUGAGGAGGUGGUUAAGAGAAUUCCCAAUGUGAAGAAGUUGCAUCUAAUCUACAAUGUGCAACAAAUGGAGGGAGAAAACUGUCUUAGUUAUCUUCAGUGUUUAAGUAAAUUGGAAAACUUCCACUGCACCACUAGAAAUGGAUGCGAUGACUAUUUGCAGAGGGUUAGGUUCCCAUCCUCCCUCAAAAAGUUGUUCGUCGAUGCCUCUCCCGAUCCUGAAUUGGAAGACAUGUUGCGAAAAAUCGGUUCAUUGCCCCUUCUCGAGAAGUUUGUAUUACAAAAUGGCUUCUUCAAAACAGGCAAGUGGGAGACAGUUGAAGGCCAAUUCGCAAGCCUCAAGUUUCUACAAUUGGAGGCUUGUGGUGGUCUAGACGAUUGGAUUGUGACGGAUAAGUCUCACUUUCCAGUUCUUCAGAAGCUUCAUCUUCGUAAUUUAGGCCAACUAAAGGAGAUUCCAUCGGAAGUUGGAGAAAUAGCAACAUUGAAAUCUAUUUCAUUAGAAUAUUGCAGUAAAUUAGCAGUGGUGUCAGCGAAAAGGAUAGUAGAGGAACAAGAGGAUUUAUUUGGAGACGAACUAGACCUUCAUGUUCGAGCUCUAGUUUGGAAAAAAGAAAAAGCACUGAAGAGCUUGGCAAGUGUCAACUUCGAAGUUAAUGUUUGUCUCAUAGCUUCGAAGGCCCCAAGUCCUCUUCCCUUUCCAACUCAUGGAGCAGAUGCAGAAAAACAAGAAGACCUAGCUAGCUCAUUAGAAUAAUGAAGUAAAGUUUUUCUUUUACCCUUUGAAUAAAGUUUUCUUUUAGAAUUUUCAUACUAGCUACAUAAGCUCCUAUUUUGUAAAUUCUAAGUUAAAGACUCUAGAAGCAAUUCUAUACCAUUCAAGAUGCA